ACGCGAUGGGGGCUGACGAGUACCAGGAGCGACACGCCAGUGCCAAGUGCCCCGCUAAUCAUGGUGUUUCUAAACUGUAAGACUGAAUAGAUAUUAAAUAAUAAUUAACUCUUCCCUCUUCUAAUUCUCUCUGUUUGUCCUUAUUCUAUCUCUGUGUUUAUUUGAUUGGAUUUACUGCUGUCAUGCUGACGAUCCUCUCCUCCUCGCAGUUGCGCACGCUGCUCCUCUCGCUGACCCGCGAGGAGAUUCUCUCUCUCCAACGGAACCUGGCUAACGCUCUCCACGAGUACUCGACGGGCACGCAGGAGGCAGGCUGUGCGGCGUCGUACCAGCCGCCGCGGACGGCCAUCACCCGGCAGGAUGGACGGACGACCCUCUUCAUGCCGGCGAGCACGGGGCAGACGGUCGGCAUCAAGAUGAUCUCGCUCAAGGAUCCGGCUGGGGGGGACAACCAGGCUGGCUGUGUGGUGGAUACACAUCUUUCGGUACAGGGGAGUUCCUCGCGAGGAAGUCGGUCGCCGCGUGGACAUAAUCCGCGAGACUCGAUGGCCUCUGUGGCCUCUGAUCUAAGCGAUCUCUCUAUUUCCUCUCAGGAGGACAACAAUUACAACAACAGCAGCAACUUGCUGGGUUCGAGCGUGGCGAGUAGCAGUGGUAAUUGGAGCAGUGGGGAAACCAGCGAGGCUUCGUCGUUGCCUGCGUCCGGCUGCGUCAACCGACAGUCGGUCUCGUCGACGCUCGGGGCGUGGCCGGGAGCAGGCACGCGGGAUACAAGCCCCCGGGGCAGCGUGACGCUGUUGGACGCGCAGAGCGAGCCGUUCGGCCUGAUCAGCGCGCAGGAGCUGACGGCGUUCCGGACGGCGUUGUCGGCGCUGAUGCUGUUCACGCCGCGGCGGCGGGUACGGACGCUGACGGUGUUCGGGGCCGGGCGGCAGGCGUACUGGCACAUCCGGCUGGCGCUGACGCUGCGGCGCGACGAGAUCAAGCGGGUGUACAUCCUCAACCGGUCGUUUGAGCGGGCGGCCGCCCUGCUGCGAGACAUCUACUCGGCGGAGAACAGCGGGUGGCGCGGCGGAGUCAAGUUCUCGGCGAUGAGCAGUGAUUUCGUCGAGUACACACGCCUUCGGCGCGAGGCCGUCCGCAAAGCAGACGUCAUCUUCUGCUGCACACCCGCCGUCGAGCCCCUGUUCCCUGCCGAACUGCUCACGGCGCGCGAGGGCCGCCAGAAGGGGCGUCUCGUCAGCGCCGUCGGCUCGUACAAGCCGCACAUGGCCGAGCUGCACCCGGAUAUCCUGCGCGACGAGGCGGACGGGGCCUCGGCCUCGCACCGCCAUUACCACAAACAUACGCCGCGCAGUGGCGUCGUCGUCGUCGACAGCCUCGAGGCGGCGCUGCAGGAGGCCGGCGAGAUCGUCCAGUCGGGCCUCCAGCCGCAGCAGCUCGUCGAGCUCGGUGAGCUCCUCAUGGUGAAACGCGCCACUGAGGGAGGAUCGGACGAGGAGAAAAGCCUGCACGACUGGGUCGAGCGUGGGAAUGUCGUCUACAAGAGCGUCGGCCUGGGGCUGAUGGAUUUGGUGACGGGGGGGGAUCUGAUCCGCCUGGCGAGAGAGAGAAAUAUCGGCACGACAGUGGAGGAUUUUUAGCUUCUGCUCUCUACUGUUGUUUUAUUUCUAUUGUGCCUUUGCUACCAUGUUUUCUUUCUUCUGUCUAUACCCGU